AGGGUCUGUGGACUAGUGUGUCAACCCGUCUGAAUGCCGUCUCCCAUUGAGGAAUACUGGAGGGAUAACCGAAUGUUUUAUUCACUGCUCGCUUCAGCUUUUGCCUGUCUCCGAAGACGACCGGAGGGACAAGUUUUAUAUCAACAGCACAGACUACAUCACCACUCCUGAGGCAUCAUCUCCAUUUACAGCCCAGUGCCGUGCACUUCAUGGCAGUGCCAUGUGGAAGGUAACUUAAAGUCUCAUCAUUUACCUCUUGGCCUGUCCCAUGACUGAGGAUAGUGAUCCAAAGCACUACCGGUACUCAACCCUGGACGGGCUUGAACUCAACAGGGAAAGAAUCGGCUUCCAGAUGGAGGAGGAGCAGGGCUCUCCCUGCAGCUCCAUUAACCAACUUCACCGCAUGGCCAACAGUUACAACGAGGGUUGUGGCGGGCGGGACAGGGUCGAACUUGAACCUGAGUUGGGACUGCCCUCUGAGGGCAGCGACAGCGGCCAUGAACACCCGGCCUCGCGGGGCUCCCCGCACGACGACAGGAAGCGACCGCGGCCAGCCUUACAUGAGGACGUAGAGAUGGGCGGCAGCGGAUCGAGCGGUAGCGGGACAGAAUCCCACGGCAACGAAUCGCAUGGCAAUGAGUCCCAUGGAAAUGAAUCUGUGGGCAGCUCAAAUGGCAACGGCAAGGAUUCUGCCCUUCUGGAGUCUUCGGGGAGCAACAAAAGCUCAAACUCUCACAGCCCCUCCCCGCCGAGCAGCUCCAACGCCUUCAGCCUGGUGAGCUCCGAGCAGGACAACCCUUCAACCAGCGGCUGCAGCAGCGAACAGUCAGCCAAAGCUAAGACACAGAAGGAGCUCUUCAAGACCCUCAAGGAGCUCAAGAUGCACCUGCCGUCGGAAAAGAGGAACAAGGGCAAAUCCAGCACCGUCAACACUCUGAAAUAUGCGCUGCGAUGUGUCAAACAGGUGAAAGCCAAUGAAGAAUACUACCAGAUGCUGAUGAUUAAUGACAGUCAGCCACCGGGGUUUGAUGUAUCAUCUUACACUAUUGAGGAACUGAACAGCAUCACCUCGGAGUACACCCUCAAAAAUACUGAUAUAUUUGCUGUAGCCGUGUCGCUCAUCACGGGCAAGAUUGUUUACAUCUCGGACCAGGCGGCGUCCAUCUUAAAUUGCAAACGGGAAGUGUUCAGCAACGCCAAGUUUGUGGAGUUCCUGACGCCCCAGGAUGUCAGUGUGUUCUACAGCUUCACCACGCCCUACCGCCUGCCCUCAUGGAGCAUGUGCACUGGAGCAGAAUCGUCUCCCACGGAGUGCAUGCAGGAGAAAUCCUUCUUUUGCCGCAUCAGUGGUGGUAAGGAAAGAGAAGGGGAUCUCCAGUACUACCCUUUCCGGAUGACUCCAUACUUGAUGAAAGUCCAGGAUGCUGAGCUGGCGGAGGAACAGUUCUGCUGCCUCCUGCUGGCUGAGAGGGUGCACUCUGGUUAUGAAGCACCCAGAAUUCCCCCUGACAAGCGGAUCUUCACCACCACACACACACCUAACUGUGUGUUCCAGGAUGUGGAUGAGAGGGCUGUGCCUCUCUUGGGGUACCUCCCCCAGGACCUGAUUGGGACCCCCGUGUUGCUCAAUCUGCACCCGAGUGACCGACCACUAAUGCUGGCUGUGCAUCGCAAGAUCCUGCAGUACGCUGGUCAGCCGUUCGACCAUUCCUCCAUUCGUUUCUGUGCGAGAAAUGGCGAGUACAUCACCAUAGACACCAGCUGGUCCAGCUUUGUUAAUCCCUGGAGCCGCAAGGUCUCCUUCGUCAUCGGCAGGCAUAAAGUCAGAAUGGGUCCUGUGAAUGAAGAUGUCUUUGCAGCACCAGCUUUCCAUGGGGGGAAGAUCAUGGAUUCUGACAUCCAAGAAAUAAGCGAACAGAUCCACAGGCUUCUGCUCCAACCGAUCCACAACAUGGGCUCCAGUGGUUAUGGUAGCCAUGGCAGCAACGGUUCCCAUGAGCAGCUGGUGAGCAUCAGCUCGUCCAGUGAAAGCAAUGGGAACAUUACAGCUGGCAACACGGCAGAGGAGACGAGCAAGACCAAGCCCCCCAGGACGUUCCAGGAGAUUUGUAAGGGAGUGCACAUGCUGAAGAACCAGGACUCCCAGGUCUGCCUGCGCUCCCCUUCUCCCUCGCCCUCCCCAUCUAAACAUGAGCACAGGAAGAACACUGACAUGUCAGCAGUUCAGAGGAGUUCAGCUGUGCGACUGAAGGACUCAGCGCCCCAUCUGCAGUUCAGAGACGGUACUGCAGCAAGCAUGGACGACUUCACCUGCAAAGACCAGACUGUAUGCUCCUAUCAGCAGAUCAGCUGCCUGGAUAGUGUCAUCAGGUAUCUGGAGAGUUGCAACAUCCCUAUCACAGUAAAAAGGAAGUACCAGUUCUCCUCAAACACCACCUCCUCCAACUCGGAUGAUGAUAAGAAGAGCUCAGAGAAUGGUGUGCAAGUGCCACAGGAUACAAGCACAGAUCCCUUGAUGUUGGAUGCCCAGCCAGGCCUGUCAAACAUGAAAGCACCUAAGAAGCCUCCACCUGGGGCGGCCGCUGUGGUGGGAGGCCCCCUAGCACCCCUCACUCUGCCCAGUAAGGCUGAGAGUGUGGUGUCCAUCACUUCACAGUGCAGCUACAGCAGCACCAUUGUCCACGUGGGAGACAAGAAACCUCAGCCGGAGUCUGAGAUAAUUGAGGAUGUUGCAGAGAGCCCGGCACCCCCAGCUCCUCCUGUUAGUAUGGUUUCUCCACCCAGCCAGGAGAAAGAGGCCUACAAGAGGCUGGGGCUGACCAAGCAGGUGCUGGCAGCGCACACCCAGAAAGAAGAGCAGGCCUUCCUGAACCGUUGCCGAGAGCUACGCAACGCCAGGACCUUCCAGAAGGACUGUUCCACGUAUCUGCACAAGCAGAAAGGAUCCGUCACUGCUGAAGAAUCACCUGGACCACGAGGUGCUGCCAAACAAGGCGUGACCAGGCCGGAGACCACUGCCAAAAAGGGCAACCGCAACAGGAAGUCCAAGAAGCCACGGAUCAAGCAUCCUGAUUCCUCAGACAGUGCUGUGUCCAACCGGAAACCCCGGCCCCCUCUUCAGGGUCUCAACCAGACGUCUUGGUCACCGUCUGAAGCAUCCCAGUCAGCUUUUAAUGUUUCUUACCCCACCAUGGUGCCUGCAUACCCGCUCUACCCUCCGACGGCUGCUGCUCCGGCUCAGGCCCCUCGCCCUGACCCCUCUCUCUCUGGAGGCUUCGGAGAGGGGCAGACCACCCAAGCUCCACCUACUGCCACUCCAUUUCCUGCACCUAUUGUGACCCCUGUGGUGGCUCUGGUGCUCCCUAAUUACCUCUUCCCCCAAUUGGGACAGUUAGGUCAGAUAGGGCAGCUCGGAGCUGCUCCUAGGCCGGCGUUUUUCCCUGAGCCAACCCAGGCGCAACCUGCAUACACUACCCAGCAGGCUUUUCAGCCCCAACAGACUGCCUAUGCCAUGCAGACACAGCCCGCGUUCACCAGUCAACAGCCGUUCCCCGUGCAAGCUGCCUUUACCCCCCAGCAGCCAUUUCAAGCUGCACAGACCCCCUACACUACGCAGCAGCCUUUCCAGGCUCCACAGACUGCCUACACUACUCAGCAGCCAUUCACAGCCCAGCCCUCUUUCCCAGUGCAGACUCAGUUUGUGGCUCAAGCCCCUUAUCCACCUCAGCCCUUUCCAUACAGCUUAGCCUCAGAGCCUUCCAAAGUUCCCACUGUGGGGCCCCGAGAGGGCGCUGCAUCACGAUCCUCCACGCCUGCGUCGGGGGCACGGGAGCCCACUACAUCACCACCGCUGUUCGAGUCGCGCUGCAGUUCACCCCUGCAGCUCAAUCUGCUGAGCAUGGAGGAAGGACAGCGCUCAGUGGAACGUCUGGACAGCACAGCGCCCUCCGCUGGAGGCCAGGGGAGCAUUAUAGCCGCAGUGUCAGGAGGGGCAACAGGGGAGAAGAACGGAGGCACAGCCAAGAGUGAUAGUCACCAACAGGUGGAGUCUCCAGGAGAUGGUGCUCACAGCGAUGGGAACUCAUCAUCCUGUGACCUGCUGGACAUCCUGCUGCAGGAACAGGAGGACUCCCACUCUGGCACCGGAUCAGCCACCUCUGGCUCUAUGGGCUCAGGCUCAGGCUCUGGAUCAGGCUCGGGAUCAGGUUCAGGCUGCAACGGCUGUGGUACCUCAGCUAGUGGAGCUUCGGGAAGCAGAACAGGGAGUAGCAACACCAGCAAAUACUUUGGUAGCGUUGACUCUCUGGAACACGACCCCAAGGCCAAAGCCAAGAUGAGAGGUGAAGGAGACUCCGAAGGUGGAAAGUCGCAGGCCAAAAUCUCAGCUCAAGGAGACGGAGACCAUUUCAUAAAGUAUGUCCUACAGGAGCCCCUCUGGCUGCUGAUGGCCAAUGCUGACGACAAGGUCAUGAUGACAUAUCAAAUGCCGUCCAGGGACAUUCAAAGGGUCCUGCGAGAAGACAAAGAGAGGCUGCGACAAAUGCAGAAGAGCCAGCCUCACUUCUCCUCGGACCAGCGACGAGAACUAGUGGAGGAACAUCCCUGGAUGAGGAGGGGAGGUCUACCUGCUGCUAUCAAUGUGAAGGAGUGUGUGUACUGCGAGGACACGGCGGCAGCAGCGCCCAUCGAGGAGGCCCUGCCAGACAUGGACAUGGGCGAGAUGAGUGAGGAGCUGAGCCAAGAGGGUCAGAGCUCCCAGAAACAAUCAGAGGAUUCUCAGCCUCAGCCGGACUCUGGCUCAUGAGCUCACACGCGGCCAACAGGAGGACACAAAAGGACCCUGUUGAGGGGCCACACAAAUGCUUAUACACUUUAUGGACGUAAGACAAGCAGCUGUGUGGUGACCAUCCCCUCACACACACACACUCGUAACGAUCAGAGGUAGACAUUCCCGAUGAUAGUUACGGUGACGUGUGCCGCUGGUGUGCUGGAUGUAGGACUGCUACUGGGGUGCAGUUCUUACUGCGUCCUUACAGGGGGCAGUAGUGCUUUAUGGGGGUUUGUAUUGGUGAUCCACAUGUAGUACUUAUGCCACCUUCAACACACACACACACACACUCUAACACACACACACACACACUGCCUCUAAAGUGACCUGGCUCUUUCUUAUGUAAAUAUAACAUCCUCUCGGUCAGAGCCAGAGCUUUUAUUCUAAAAAGUUGUUUGUGGCCAAUGGACAACUUAUAAAAUGUUCUAAAUAUAUUUGAUUGAAAAAAUGUUAUUUUGACAAACUACUUUUCAUAAGAAAUAUUUAAAAAUGUUAUUAACAAACAGCCCAACACUGCUGUUUCUACACUACUCUGCCCAGCGUUAUGUUUGUAUUUAUUUGCCACAUGAUGAUCCCAUUUGACACCUUCAAAGGUUGCGGUGCUCACUGGAUGAUGUAUGUGUCAGGUUUAUCUCACUAUUCUCCUCAGACCUGAGCAUUUGAAGCAUUCCUGCGACUAACAGUGGUCGUGUUGGAUUCAGCAGCCAGUAGAAGUCAGGACACGUAGGCUGACUGCGUCUUUCCUCAACGGCGACAAUCAGAGAAAUAAUAUUCCUUUAAAUAUCUUAUUUAUUUCCAUGCAGAUGAUGUAUGUAGAAUAGUUUAUUGCAGUUGAAGCCAAAAUGAAUUUAGCUAAACUAACUAAACUCUACGGGACAUUUUAGAGUCUCUUAAACUCUAUUCGCAAUAUACCCUCUAAGUGUUGUGGGGCUCUGCAGACCUUAAAGCGUCACUUUGCUUUGGUGAAGAAGGAAUCAAAAAUGAUGCCCACACAAAAUGCAGAAUCUCACAGAAUGUUUUCGAAUAAUGUUCUUCUGGUAACAUGGUGCAGCUCUAAAACAAAAACUUUCUCGUAGAACAAAUCAGUGCUAUUUUAGUGAUGAAUACUUUAUGCAAGAUAACACUGGCAGAAUUUACGUUUUUUAUCCUCAUUUUCUUGAUGAUCUGUUUUACUGAGUAGGAAGUUGUUUUUACAAUAUUGCAAAGUUGUAGGCAUCGUCAAAAGGACUCCAAAUCACAAAUAUCUGCAGGUGAAAGUGCAGCAAUACACAUCCUUGAGUACUGUGAACGGUUGUUGGUCCUGGCAACUUCUGGCACUGAAGUAAUGUUAAGUGUCACGCCUGAAGUUUGCCGUACAGUGGGAAAACAGUAUUACGAUUGUAGCAAAUAAAGGGGGGUCAUGUGAUGCAAAAACCAUGCAAAACCAUGCAAGUCCCUGGACCUGAAUACAUGAAGUAUUAAGGAAACUGUGAUCCACACUGGCUCUGUAUAGUUAAAGCGAACCGUAUGUAAAAUAGAAACAGCUCUGGUGCUGAGGCAGGGUUUGUGAAUGUACAGAGACUGGACCAAGAGCAUCUCACUGACAUAGUUGGUUUUCAUGAUUUCACCAUUGAAACUUGUCAGAACUUUCUUUUUUUUUACUCUAUUUUACUCUAUUUUUCUAUCUUUCUUAUGUGUUAUUAACUGUCUAAAGAAGUCAAGAGAUUUUAAGUGUCAUAGGGGGUGAACCCUACCUCUAACAAAUCCCAGGUCAUGUUACUGUAAGCAGAAGUUAGCAUGUGUAUGCAUGUGGACAGAGCGAUCAGAUACUUUAAGUGAUUCCAGUGAGCGACUGACAUGUACAGAGAGUCUUUGGCUGGAACUGGCAGAGGUUAAUGGACUGUAUAUGUGUGAACGAAUGCACGGAGGGUGAAAGCACAUGUCAUUACCUUUAGCAACUGCAGUCUCUGUCUUUGUCUCCUUCUCUGAAAAAUAUCUCCAAGGGACUUCCAACUCUCACCCGUGUACAAACCACUGAGACUGGCAGAAAGUCGUUCAUUCAUUCAUUGGGAAGAUACUGUUGAAGGGCGAUGCGCUGAAUUCUGACAGUGGGUCAAGCCUUACUCGUCUCACGAGGUCUGGGGGUCCAUGUUUAAACACACUGGUGGGGUGUUGGAAGCACCCUGAUCUGUAAAUGCGCACACACGAUACUGGUGUCAUAUAUGGUCAUGUAAAUAUGUCUCAUUACCACCGUAUGAGUCUCUGGUGUAUUAAACUAGCACAGUUCUGUGCUUUUUUUUGUAGGUGAGAUUAUGUGCUGUUUGAGAAAUGGACACAAUGUUGUAAUAAAAUUGCAGAAAUACAA